AAAAAGAGGAACCCAGCCAUGCCUUGGAAAAUUGGUGAGAAAGCUUGGUUUUCUCCUUCUUUUCUUGCUCUAGAACACACCUAGAACCCAGAAAUUUCCCCCACCCCUCUGCAGAAUCCGGAUCUGCUCUGCUUUGCUCUGUCCUUCUGCCGGCUGCUCCUGCUUUGUGGGGGUGAUUUGCUCCGGUUUUGGACACGUGAGCUUCCCCCUACACUGCCGCCGGCUUCUCCCCCUUGCUAGGCCCGGUUCUGUAGUUGCUAAAUUCUGGUAUGAGGGCCACUUCUUUAAGCUCACAUUUGUCCAUUUAUUUGCUGCCUUGUAUGUCCGAAUUGUGUUGGAAAAAUGGGGAAAUUCCGGUAGCAAUUAAGAGGGGUUUAAGUGUGUUUUGUUGCUUAAUUCAUGUAGAAAAUUUGUUAAUUGACUACUAUGUGAUUUUUGGAGAAAAUCUCGUGAAAUUAGCUAGUGGUUUGGCCAAUUUUUGGAAGUGGGAGUUACUGUUCACGUCACUGUUCACGGAUUACUGUUCACGUCACUGUUCACGGGUUACUGUUCACACACCGAGGGCCAACAAUUAACGGGGAUUUAAAUGAUUAGUUUGUGAUAUGAUAAUGAUUUUGGAGAUAUUGGAUCAUGUGGAGAUUUACGGAAAUAGCAUUGUGAUUAGGAAUGAUCCUAAUGAUGAGUUUACCUUGAAUUUGUGAUAGUGGUAUGAAGUCUUGAAAUAUUUUGAUUAGGUUUCCGAUCGUUCUGUUAGUUAGCACUGAAAUUGAGUGCUCGGUUUUAUGCGAGUGAGGUAAGUAAAUUUAUGGUAAUGCUCGUACUGUUUUAAAAGCAUGUUUUGAUUUGUUUUUGAAGUGGUGACGGGACUAAACCCGUUUUAUACAAAAAUGAGCAUGAUUGAUUUGAAGUGAGAUUUUGAUGCUUUUCAUUAAAUUGAGCAUGCCUACUUGGAAUUUAAUUGAUUGUCCUGAUGAUCUGAAAGUGAUUGGUGAAUUAUGUUUUUCUGUUAACUUCAGCAUGUUUUGUCUCCGAUGUGGUCAUGUUUCCGUAAUCCUGCUAGUGGGAGUUGAAACGCUAGCACAUGUCGGCACAUGUCGAUAUGUUAGUGAUAGAACUGGUUCGUACAAGUGACCCCGUUCCCGUAUUAUAUCCGUUUUUUGUGAUUGCACUUAUUGGCAUGCUAUAAGUUUAAUUAAGGGCACUCCAUAUUUACUUACUGAAUUUAUCUCAUAAUUUUUCCUUGUCCACCAUUUCAGGAAGUGAAACCGAAGACGGGGAAACCACAGGAAGUGACGAGUUAGAAAGCUAGCCAUUUCGAGAUUUGAUAUAGAUUUUAGAAAUAAAUCGUGAUCUUGUAAACUAGACUUUAUUGGAGAUUAAUGAUAUUAGAGCAAAUUAUAAAAUUUGAUCUUCAGAUUUUGAUGGUAUUAGAUUGUGAAUUUGAUAAGUUCCGAGCCUUGUGCAUUUGUGGGACCCUCUCACGAGUACACGGCAUCUGUCGCGCCUCGAAUUCGAGUUUUGGGGCGUGAUAGUAGCUGCCAAUAAAUUAUCUGUAAAAAU